AGGACAGUCUGGAUGGGAAACCAAUACGCACAGUUCUCUGCUCGGUUUUAUAGGAAAGCAUGCGUCUUGCUCUGUCCUUCAGCUGAGAUGUUGCUCCUGGUGCUCAUUAUUGCUUUGGGUUGUAACAAUGCAGCUUCUGCUCAAAACGAGUAUGAAGAUGAUGUCGAUCUUGAGGAUGACCUGAUUUCAGAAUUGGACUUAAAUGUAGCACCGCACAGAGUCCCUCGGCAGGUGAGGAAUAAGAUAACUAAGCCACACAUACAUGAGCUCUCUAUCACGACCACCAUCAUCUCUCGCUAUGCUUUCACCGCUGUGUCCUGCACCAUGUUAAACAAACACAGUGCAGCAUCUCAGGCAGUUUUCAUGUUCCACAUCCCAGCAGCUGCCUACAUCUCCAACUUUACAAUGAUCGUGGGAGGGAGAGUGUUCCCCAGCCAGAUCAAGGCAAAGGAACAGAAACUGAAAAAGGACAGGAAGGGGAACAAUGGCACACCAAAGGACAAGGACUCAGCAGAGAACAGUGAGGGAGAAAUGGAGUUGUUUCGCAUGUCUGUGAAAAUCCCUGGGCGAAACCGUGCCAUCUUUCUUCUGACAUAUGAGGAGCUGCUGCAGAGACGACUGGGUUAUUACCAGCACGUGACGAGUGUUAGACCCAUGCAAAUGGUCAGCAAGCUCAGUGUGACCGUUACCAUCGUGGAGCAUUCACGCAUCAAGCACCUCAAAGUUCUCCCCUUGCGCAAAAUCAAAACAUCUGGAUCCAGGAACAACAGCAGGGCAGACGGUAUUGACAACAUGCCGCCCUCCACAGUGAUACGACAGAAUGAGACCUUCUGCAAAAUUACAUUUACCCCAAACAUCUUUCAGCAAGUCAGGAUCUCCAACAAUGGCAUGCUGGGAGAUUUCAUAGUGCGCUAUGAUGUGGAGAGAGAGUUAGGCAUCGGUGAUAUUCAGGUGCUGGAUGGACACUUUGUGCACUACUUCGCUCCCAAAGACUUGCCUGUUGUACCCAAGAACGUUGUGUUUGUGAUUGACACCAGUGCCUCUAUGCUUGGGACCAAAAUGAAACAGACUAAAGAAGCUCUGUUCACUAUCCUUGGUGACUUGCGUCCAAAUGAUCACUUUAACUUCGUCAGUUUUUCCAACCGUGUACGAGUGUGGCAGCCUGGCAAGCUAGUGCCCGUUACGCCGUACAACGUACGCGAUGCCAAGAAGUUUAUCUACAUGAUCUCACCGAAUGGAGGCACAGAUAUUAACAGUGCCCUCCAGGCCGGCUCGUUGUUGCUCAGAGACUACCUGUUACAAAAGGAGGAGAUGAAUCACAACAGCGUGUCCCUCAUUAUCUUCUUGACUGAUGGACGGCCCACUGUGGGUGUGGUCCAGACACCAGUCAUUCUGGGAAACGCAAAGUCUGCUGUGCAGGAAAAGUUUUGCAUCUUUACAAUUGGGAUGGGCAACGACGUUGACUAUAAGCUCCUGGACCGCAUGGCGCUGGAGAACUGUGGCACCAUGCGGAGAAUUCCAGAAGAUGCUGAUGCAAGCACCAUGCUCAAAGGAUUCUAUGCAGAAAUUGGCACCCCGCUGCUAUCUGAUAUCCGUGUUGAAUAUUCAGAGGAUUCCGUCGAAUAUGUCACACAGAACCUCUUCCCCAAUUAUUUUAAUGGCUCUGAGAUCGUCGUGGCUGGAAAGCUGACCAAUCGCAGCUCGGACUCCCUGCAUGUGCAGGUGACGGCCACUAACAGUGAUCGCAGCCUUGUAAUAGAGAAGGACAUUUCGCUGACUGAGCAGGAGCGUGAGACCAAACGGCGUGUGGAGGAGGCUGAAGCUGGACCAAAUGCAGACGGCUACGUCGAGCGCCUCUGGGGAUUCCUGAGCGUCAAAGAUGGACUGAAUGGACGUGUACGCAGCCAAACUAGCUCAGAGAGAGAGAAUUUUACUCAACGUGCCACCGAACUUUCACUUUCUUACAACUUCCUCACGCCACUAACACAAAUGGAGGUGGAGACGCCACAAGUUCUCACCAAUGGGACUAUAGCAGGGGCUGAGACUACAGAAACCCCUGCACAUUCAAAUUUGGCUAAUCGGUUAACAGAGGAGGAGCCGACAGGGGACACGCCCCAGAGCCUGCACAGGAAUAAGGAACAGCCAGCCACAGAAGCCAGAGCUGGCAAGACCACACAUGGACUUAAAAGACCUGGCAAAAAGUCUGUCACUCUGUCCAAAACAUCAGCGGAUGGAGAUCCUCACUUUGUGGUUGACUUCCCCUUAAGUAAACUUACUGUGUGUUUUAACAUUAAUGGAGAGCCUGGGGACGUCCUCCGCUUAGUGACCGACCACAAACACUCAGGUGUGACAGUAAACGGGAAGCUAAUUGGCGCUCCAGCACCCCCUGGCAGUCACAAACAGCAGCGCACAUAUUUCAGCUCCAUCCUUAUUGUUGUUGACAAGCCCAGGCGUUCGUACAUUGAGGUGACACCACGCAAGGUCAUUGUGGACAGCCUUGAUCGCCUCAUCCUUCCUUGCAGCUCCAGUGUUUCUGUGGAUAACAAAUAUGUAGCGGUGGCUGUAGUUGCCAAUGCCAAUAUUACGAUUACCAUUCAGGGGACAAUACAGUUCAUCAUCCUGAUGCAUAUUUAUAAAAACCCUGCCCCAUACCAACGAGACCAUCUGGGAUUCUACAUAGCGGACAGCAAGGGACUGAGCAAGGACACACACGGACUCUUAGGUCAGUUUAUCUAUGAAGAGGUCACACUAACACAGCGACUUGGAAACAUCACUGCAGCAACAGAAAAUGGUACACAAGAACAAACCAUGACCCAGGGUAACCCCGGUCCUGGUCACAUGGCCCUGCAGGUGAAGGAGCGCAUUGUGGAUGUGGUAAAGAAGAGCAGAAAUAUUUACUCCGGGACACACACUGUCCACUGCUGGUUUGCCAAGAACAAUGCUGCUAAGCUGAUUGAUGGACAAUACAAGGAUUAUGUCGUGUCUCACAUGUUUGACACAGAGGACUGGCCUCAUGGGACAAAUGUACAUUAAGACACACAAAUACACACAUCAAAUAGCAAAACCAGGUAUUCGAUGCACAAAUUCACAGGAAAAAGCUCAACAACUCAAUUUUUUACAACUUCUGUAUACAGUAUAAAGUGUGAGAUUAUGUCUAUUUAAUAUUGGGACUUUAUACUACUGCAUACAUUUUUUAACAUUUUAUAAAUGUUUUUAAUACACUUUUAAUGUAUUUCUAAUUGUUUUACGGAUCUUAUUCUGAUCAUUGAUAUAUAAUUGUAACAUAUAAAACCCACUGUGGCUUUUCAGAAGAACCAUAUUUGAAAAAUUAUACGUAGAAAUGCAAUUAUAAUGAUGUUUAUAUUAUGUUUACAAUAAAAAUACAAAUAAUACAAAUUUGAUAGUGAUUUCAGGUCUGGCUGUUGCUUUCACAGCCUUCUCAUUCUUUCUGCAGAUGGAAUUACCACAUUUCCUUACCAGACUAGGGGUGUAACGUUUUGCCAAUGUCUGUAUCUGUAUCUACAUGUUUAUCUGUAUCCAUAUCUGUUAAGUGCUCAAAGUAUCUGUCAAUAUUUUUCAAUCAAAAAUUAUAACAUAUGGAACUUAGCAGAACAUGAUCUAGUCUUCUGAACGUGUGCAGUUCCUCAACAUUGGUUAAUUUACUUCGACAUAUUUAGGCAGCUUAUAAAAAAAUAGCACUUGGUAUUUAUUUUGCAUUGAUUUCUUUGUUUAUUGCACAGCAAAAUUUACUUGUGUAAUGAACUCAACAGACAUUAAAUUACAGCCAUUAAUUGAUAACCUGUGCAUGGGAUAUAGGACAUUUUAUUGCUCGAAUAAUUCUUCUAUUUGACCAAGUAAAUGAUUCUUUGCUAAUUAACAAUUGUAUAUCCAAAGAAAUCAGUCUUUCAGAUAAGAUACGUCUCCUAUAAUAAACAAAAUGUUAAAAUUUAGUAUGCUUCUUCUAAGAAAUCAGAAUGAAUAGAGGUCUCAGCAAAAAGGUCCUUCGGUGCCAUUCAAAUUUCACAUACAAUUUAAGCAGGUCCUCUAAUAAAUUUCUCUGAAUCUUCUUUUAUUUAUAGAUAUUGAACAAUUCCAUUUAUUUGUGAAAAAGAAUAAAAAUUUAAAAUAUU